AUGAUUUACCGGCAGUUGGUCGGAGACGGGCUCGGCAUCUGUCGACGGAGGUUUGUCGGCGACAAUAUCGGCGAAACCGGUCAGCAUCGCACACCCAAGACGAUCUCUGGAGAAGUGGAGAAUGCAGGGAUCGCAGAGGCCUGGCAGCAGCUAGCAAACCCCGGAUUUUGGGCCUGUCAUUGGCGUGGGGAGCCCGGUCGAUGA